AUGCCGCUUCCUCCUCUUGCUGGGUCCCUGUCGUACGGGACGCAGGUUGGCUUGAGGUCAACUCUCGAUGCGUCCCGGGGUGCGAAGCAGCCGUAUUAUGUCAGUCUCGGAAACCUGCCCGGCGCGCCGCGCCCCUCUCCUCUCAUGUUUCAGAGUCCCUCUUUUUUGUCAGAAGCGUCUACUGUCCCCGGUACACCGUUCCCCUCCCUUGGCAUGACUCGUCAAGCUUCCCCCUUUUCGCUGGACACCCCAGCAUCCACGAGUUCGCCGUCGAGCACAGAUCUUCUGCCUAUUUGCUGCACGGCAAGCCAUCCGUAUCGCCCCCUGAGCAGCACUGAGUUCUGCUUUUUGCGGGCUUCGGCUCCACUCUCUGGCGACGCAGUCCAGGCAGAUGAGGAGGUGCUUCUGGUCGCCGGGUUUCCGCGCUCAGUGGCCCUGGACCAGGGGAAGGCAAGUCGGAACUCGUCUCCAGUCCCAGAAGAAUCACACGCGGGAUUCACUUCGCAAGCAGGCGCGUCGCUCUGGCUUCUCUGCUGCCCCCGCAGAACCGAAGUUCGCCAGUUUGCGCAGCGUGUGGAAUCUUCCCGGCCUGGAAGGUCCUCCCUCGCGUCAGUUUCCGCAGACGCGCCGUCGAGCUCCUCUCCUCUGCUGAAUGCCUGCGCACUGUUUGGUGCACCCGACGAAGAGGAUGUCGGCGUAGUCUGUGCUCGCGGGGUGUCUGCAGAGGGCUCUCUGAAGAGUCUGUUUGCUCGAGUGGAGCGCCGCUGCCGAUGGAAACUUAUCCGCGCUGUGUCGCAUGCUUCUCGCAGUGCAGCUGCUUCCGCCCCGUCCCGCGCUCCCCCAGAAGACGAGGACGAUGCGGUGGCGAGGAACGCGGAUGAUCGCCGCGCGGCCUCUGCAGAGGCACAGAUGGGUUCAUCUGUCUUGCAUCUCGAUGAAGAGGUUCUCCUUCAGAACUGCCACACCGGGCAGUUCCUCUCUCUCCGCAUGUCCGAGCCUGCGGGAGGGGCCCAGGGCUCGGCAUGCUUAGUCGCCGUGGGCAAGCCUGUGUUUGCUUCCUCCCUGUUUGAAGAGAAAAGCGAAACGGGGAGGCACUCUGACCCGGCCUUCUCGACAUUCCCCUUCGCGGGUCCUCGGUUCUCCCAGCUUUCCUCCGCGUCGCGGCGCGCUUCUGCCACCAAGAGGAUGAAUCCGCUCCUUGCUGCGCACCCGUCGACUUCUUGUAUGCACAGCGGCUGGCGCAUCGUCCCUGCAGGCGUCCGCGUCGCUCCGUGUUGGGAUCGCGUUUUCCCGCACACUCUAGUGGGUCCGAGUGAAAUCGACGACGCGCUUUUGAAGCGGGAAAGUUUCCUCGGCGUUCGCUUGACGAACUUCAUCUCGGGCGCUUCUGCGAAUCCGUCCUUCCCCGGUGACCCGCCGCUUUCUCUCUCUCCGUACGCCGACGAGCCGACGGCGGGGACGACCUUGCAGGGGCAGGACGCGGAAGAUUCCGGUUCGCACGCCUUCCCCUUCCCUCAGCUCCGCGCAGGGGCUGCGGUGAACCAGCCGUCUUCUUCUCUCCUCGGGGGCGUCGCUCCGCGCGAUUCUUCUGCGCGGCCUUCCCUCGCAGAGAGCUGGCGCUCGGCGGGCCCAGAGAGCCUGGGAGAGAACGACUGGGUGAUGCGCCGUCUUCACGCGGACUGGCCAGCGCUGCCGCGCGAGGUGAAGGAGCGUUUUCUCCUCGAAGACCUGCUGUUUUGUCUGUCGGGCCUCGACGGCACGCUCAUUCGCAUUCUCGCGGUGUCCUCCUCGGCUCUCGCGGACGAGCAGAAUGCGCGUGCUCGCGGUGAGACGAAGCCUGUCGGCGCGGCGCCCAAGCAGCCACACGCCGCGUCCUGUGCCGCCGACCCGGUCCUGCCCGAGUUUCACUACUGGUUUCAUCCGCUGCUUUCUCUGGCGGCGUCUUCGAGCGGCUCCUCCGAAGGCAGGGCCGCCGCGCCCGCGUGUUCCUCGUCACUCGUGGCUGCGACGCCGGGCGCGCCCGACCGCGGCUUUUCGGCGGCUUCGCGCGCUUCAGAAGGCAAGGGGGAGGAGGGGCAUUCGGCGUUCCCCUUCGCUUCGCAGGCCGCGUCGGAGGACGCCGCCUUCUGCCAGAUGCUGCCCCCGCUGCUUCCCGCGGCAUGCAGUCUGCGGCUUCUCCUCGUCUUCCUCGAGCUGGCGGGGCGGCGGAACAGCGCAAAGCGGAGCCCCGCGGCGACGGCUGCGCUUUGCUGGGGCGGCGAAGUCGCUGAGGCGUUCUGCGGCGCGAUCAAAAAGGUCGUCGAGGAACUGGGGAUUCGCGUCGGCGUCUGGGAAGGCGAGGUCCGGCGGGGCCGACUGACCCUGCAGGGUCUUCGGGCCCAGCUCGGGCCCGUGUCCAGGGCGCUCGGAGUCGCAGAGGCCGUCGUCCGGGAAGCUUGGGGACGGCGCGGAGGAGCGAUCCUGGACGCCGUCGACGAAGUGAAGGCGCGGCUUCCCUGCAACGACGCCAACCAAGAAAUCUGCAGAUUCAUCUUUGAAAAAGCUGUCGCUCCGCUCGCGCGAAUCGUUGAAAACUGGGUCCUCCACGGCGUUCUCAAAGACACCUACGGAGAGUUCUUCAUCCGAGAAGACCCGACAAUCGUCGCGGAGGGCGAGCCCUCUUCGGAGUGGAGAGGCGCUUCUCUAUCGUCAUCCUGGGCCUGCGUCCGCCCUCGAGAGGCAAAUGAUGCGCUUGCGCCGCGCGCUCCUGACGCGGGGCCCUACGCGGUCGACUGGUGCCGGCGGCGUUUUCUUCUCCUCGAAGGCCUCGUGCCGAAUUUUUUGAAGGCGCAUGCGAAGGAAAUUCACCGCGCCGGGCUCUACGUCUACGUGCUCAACAGCUGCAGCUACGCGGGUCUUCCGCCCCUGUCGUUCUCGCAGGAGAAGCCCUCCAAGACAGGCGCCCUGUCGGCGCUCUCUCCGCGUCUUCUCCUUCCACUGAUUCCUGCCGCCUGCGCGCGGGCCUCGACGCACGUGAUGCACUUUUUCUUCAGGUCGCUUGAGCUGCCGCGAACCCUGGAGCUCCUCCACGCAUUCUUCCUCGUCGGGCGCGCAGAUUUCCUUCAGCGCUUCUUCGAGUUCGCCGCGCCGGCCGAGGGUUCGAAUCUAGACUCCGGCGGCGCGCUCGGCGCGGCCUCCUGGAGCGCGACUCUGCAGGAAAUCGCGGGCCUCGAGGGAUGCAUGGAGCUCGCGAUUCGAAGCGUUAACGGAUUCGAUACACUCAAAGAGAAGAUCUCUUUCUUCAUGCAUCCGAUGCCUUCGCUGUGCGAGGCCGCGCAGCUGCUGGCGCAUGCAAAUGAAGAAGAAAAUCUGCGCAGGCUUUUGGGGCUGCCGGCGCGAGCCCUCGGAGGAACCGAAGGCGCCGCAGGGACAAAGACUGGCAGCGACGCAGGCGCGUUUCGCCGGCCGUCGCCAACAGAGUGGUGUCGGCGCGUCUGUCUGCGGUACCGCUGCGACUGGCCUCUGUCGCUCUUGUAUACGCCCAGAGCCCUCUGCAGCUACGAGCUCGUCUUUCGGUUUUUGCUGCAUCUACAUCUCGCUCAGCGCCAGCUCAAUCAGCUGUGGAUGCACAUCCAUGAAACACGAGGCCUCUUUUCCUUCGCGGACAUGCCGACGCAUCUGCGCCAGACAAUCGCGAUAGGAGAGGAAAUGCGCGUCUUCACUCGUAACGUUCUCUUCUAUGCGACGACGGAUGUCGUCGCGUUGCACUACUCGACGCUGCUUCGGCAUCUGCAGUCGCUCUCUCCGCCGGAGUUGACGAGCUCGUCGCAGGCGUCGCCAUACUCCCUCGCGGACGUUCAGGAGCUGCAUGCAUGUUUUCUCUCGUCGCUUCUGCGCGAUCUCUUCUUGGAAGACUUGGCGCUGCUCCAGGCGGCCAGUAAGUGCCUGACGAUUUGUCUCGUCUUCAGCCGUCACGUCCGGAAGUUCUCCUUCGAACCCCCCGAGUUUCCGCUGCUCGCGGCCGCGGGGGGUCUCGGCGUUUCCGCGUCGGUCCUCUGCGCGCUCGGCAGGAGCGACGGCGGCGCCGCCCGAGACGCCUCAGCGAGCCACGACGGCCGCGAUCGGAGCAGCGACGCCGAGGAGGCGCGGAGUGCGCAGAAGGCGACCAACGCGCGAGAAAGAAUGCGAGAUGCGAGGCGCCGGCAAGUGCGCGCCGCCGUCGACAGCGCAGGAUACGGCGGCAUGGUACGCAGCGCCGGCGCGAGCUUCAGAGAAAACUUCAACGAAUUCCUCAGCAAGCUGGAGGCCUUCAGCCGGCGUUUCCCUUCCUCGCCCUGCGCGCACUUGCUCACGCGCCUCCACUUCAACGACUGCCUCGCGUCGCGCGGCCGCCAGCCUGUCCCAGCUGCCGCGUCGACUCUGGGGGCGCAGGCGGCCGCGACGCCCUCCGGUCCCUCGAGGGAGCUCCGAGCAGACGCGCGGCCGCCCGCGAGUGGAGCAGGAGGCUUUUCGAUGGCAGGGGAAGCUGAGCGCAACGGAGUCGCCACGCAGCUCCCUCCUGCGCCGCGAGGCCUGCGGGCCGCUGCGAACGGCGACCGCGACGCGAGUGCGUCGGUCUCUCUGCGGCGAGCGAGGGGAGCCGAGGAUGAGCGCGAGCGCGCCACGCCGCCGUUGCUGCCGCCCGCGCGCGGGAGCUCUUCUUUUUCGCGUGGAGAGAAGCGCAGCGACGAGGAGAGGGACAUUGAUGGCGCGCGGCGCGAAGCGGUCGACGGCAGCCAGGCGGGGGGGGCGCUUCGACAGCCUGCGACGCCCAGGGACGCGUCGUCGUUCUCUGCGGCGGCCGCGGCGACGGGCGGGCUGCGCUCUCCGCGCAGAAUUGGAGCGUUCGAGCUGCCGCCAGCCAUUCCAGUCUCCGGCGCUCUGCGGCAAGCCCCGAGGGCUGCUGUCCGCGACGGGGCGGGCGACAGAAAACCAGGCGCGUCGGUGUCAGCGUCGGCGCCGCCGUUUGAGCUGCCGUCUACGGCGUUUACCACGUUCGGCGCGCGGGAGAGAAACGAGAGGAGACUGGAUCGCCGCUCUCUCGAGCGAGACCGAGACCUGAGUCCGCAGGCGCGGGGCGCGAGCGGGCUAGGUCCUGCGGCGCGCGGCUCUGAUGAAGAGUUUCUCAGCGAAGAAGAGGAGGUGGAUGCGCGCCCGAGGCUCCACGUGGACAGCGACGACGAGAAGGAAGACGCCGAGGAAGACUUUGACGCGGCGCUGCGUUCCUUCCAAGCGAGACUUCGAGGCGAUGACGCCGCGGUGCGAAGCAGCCGCAGAGUUCGUGCAGAGGAGUCCGGCGGAGACCUCCCUCGGGGUGGAGCCAGGGGCUUGACGCGUCUUUCUCCUCGAGGAGGCGCGCGAAAUGCGAGUGAGGAGGCGGAUCGGCGCUCUGAGGCGGACUCCAUCGCGUCUGACGAGGGCGACGUAGACUUUCGCGAGUCAGACGACGAGGAGGAAUUUUCGGACGGGCCUGAGGACGAACCGCGGAGAGGAGGAAGCGAGCCAGACGACGAUUUCUUCGAAGACUUCGAAGAGGAGGGCAGCGACGCUCUUAGCGGAGACGAAGGAGACGAGAGGCACCCGCUCAGCGUAAGGCCGAACGGCGACGCGAAGCACGAGGAAGGGUACGCAGCGGCGUUUCUGAGAAGUCGCGCAGAUCUUCGCUAA